AUGAGUAGCUCGCCGCUCAAAAGCCCCAAUAAUUGGAUCAGGCGAGGUGCUGACUCGCAAAGCCUGAAGAAUACACUGAGCCAUGGCAGUAAGCGUCGCAGCGGCCAAUGUGGUGGCGCAUUGUGCGAGGCGUGUCCACGGGCGAACAGGACGGCGAUACGAUCGAGCGGGAGCGGGAGCGAGCCGGUGAGCGGUAGCGGGGCGCGGGCGGCGGCCUCUCGCUCAGUGCAGCGCCGCGCGUCGCUCGCAGCGCCCGUCUCCGCUCCCGCCUGCGCGUCCGCUCCGCUA